AUGCGCUAUCACGUCCUCGGCGUAGGCUCAAUAGGCUCACUCAUCGCCUUCCAUCUCAAGCGGUCGAUCAAGCUUCAGCGCCAGCUUCUUAAGCCUGGGCCCUCAUCAAAAUCUCGGCGAGAGCUUCUACUUUCCAACUUCUCCAACAAGCGUCCGCCACAGAAUCAAGGCUCCAUCGUCUCGUCGCUCAGCUUGCCACCCUAUGUCAAGUCCAAUCUGCCAGAUCCACUGCAGACGUCCGUCACCCUUCAUCUACGCAGAAAGGCCUUCGGCAAGCAGGCAAAGCAGCGCUAUGUCAACUCGAUCGUCGUAGAGCAGGACGGUGUCAGAGACAUCGAAGGCGGUUUUCAGACCGAUUUCAACUCGAGCCCGACAGAUGUCAUUGCGUCGAUAGUCAGUCGCAAUCGCGGGCAAGAGACACAGGAGGACAAUGAAGAUUCGCAAGAGGACAGAUUCUUGAUAUCCCGUAGCCAGACUGCUUCAUCGUCGGAAACGGCCGCCUCGUUUCGAGAGCAGACUUCAUCCAAAACACCGAUACCCGACCACGAUGGCGGUCUGUCGCUCAUCUCGACGCUCGAAGGCACCUAUUCUCAGCCACGCGCCAGUCCCAUCGACAGCCUCAUCAUCACCACCAAAUGCGACUCCACUCUCUCUGCGAUUGAGGGCAUUCGACACCGCAUCCAUCCAUGGUCCACCAUCGUGCUCCUUCAGAACGGCAUGGGCGUGAUCGACACGCUCUUUGACUCUUUCUUCAAGGAUCCAGAUCAGAGACCCAACUUUGUGCUGGCUUCGACCACGCAUGGAUGCUGGAGGAAAGGACCAUUGGAUGUAGUGCAUGCUAGCUCGGGGACGCUGCAUUUUGGUAUUGUUCCGAGCGGCCGUGCGGGAAUGGAUGGGUUCGAGACGCAACGGGUCCCAAUCGGACAAACGAUCGCUCCGGUACAAAAUGUCUUGUUGCCAACAAGAGGUGCGGGUGCCAAGAAGAUUGCAAAGGGGUGGGAGCAGUUCUCACCGGAUGCCGACGCUUCUUCCUCUCCAUCACAAGAGGAGUACGAUCCAGACGCACCUUCCAACAUGCUUUCGCUCGCUGGCAUUCCUGAUCAGCCGAAUCUUCGCACCCUACGCGCUACAGUAGCCGCGCUGCUCUCGCUUCCGCUCAAAGUGGAAUGGGAGCCCAUUCGCGAGUUUCAGCUGCGUUCGCUGCGCAAACUCGUCGUUAACGCAUGCAUCAACCCACUCACGGCGCUCGCCGACUGCAAGAACGGCGACCUCUUCGGCAACCCAGCGGCAAUGGACGCCAUGUGGUCCGUCUGUCUCGAAGCAGGCAUGGUGCUUGAAGCGCAGGUUCGCGAGCACCUCUCGUCGUCUUCGUCCACGUCAUCCGCUGCAAGAUCACCUGCAACCUUGUCCGCGGAAGACCUCACCCUCCUUUCGUCAGAAACCGGCGAGCCCAUGCUGCACCCGUCGCUCACGCCCCAAGCUCUGUUUCAGGAAGUACAGCGUGUAGCCCGCUUGACCGCCGCAAAUUGGUCCAGCAUGCACAGCGACCUCAAAAGCCGCAGACGCUCCACCGAGAUCGACUACAUCAAUGGUUACAUCUCUGCACUGGGACGAGGUUACAACAUCGACACCACCGCAAACGACCUCCUCACCAAUUUGAUCAAGUUGAAAACUACCAGAGUCACCGGCUCCAGCAGACUCUGA